AUGGUGAAACCGACGAUGCGCGUCAAGGCGGCGCGACGGACCCGAGCGCGCGCCGAGGGGUCGACGACCGGGGACGCGCGAGGGCGGGACGAUGGGGCGGCGGCGUUCGCGGCGAGGCCGCGCGCGGCGUCCCUGGAGCGUAAAGCCGCGAAACGGGCGCGGUUUUUAGACAAGAUUCGCGUCGCCGAGCGGGGGACGAUGAAACGGCUCUCGAGUGGGCGGAAAAAGUCGCUCGGGACGGAUAUGAAAUCACUCGAGCUCUCUUUAGCGGAUGUAGGGCGGAAUGGGGCGGCGAGAGCGAGGGUGCGAGCGACGACGGCGAAGACGCGGGCGAAGUUGGUGGCGCGAGAGACGACGCGCAUGCAAGCCGUGCUCGAGCACCCAACCUUCAAAUCGAACCCGAUCGCGGCGAUAUCGAAUCACAUCGUGUCCGGGAUCGAACGCACGAGCGCCAGUGGGGAGAAGGGGCGAGCGCCGGAGAAGAAGAAACGAGCGAAAAAGAGGACGCCGCAGCAGGAGCGGGACGCGAGCGGACAUCACGUCGUCGGCGCCACGGCGCCGUCUGGGCGCAAAAAUGUCGGUCUGAAGCGCUCGUGA